UUGGUACAAUUUAUGUAAGCUUGUGUUGUCAGUUUUAUUAAUUUAUAAAUGAUGCUAAACUCAUUUAAUUAAGAUAUUCACUAUAAAUUAUUUUUUCACAACACCGGUGAAUUAAUGAGCAAAAGUAACACUUAUGUCUGACACAAAUACAUUAAAUGAAAGCAAUUUAAAUAGAUAACCUUUUAUUAAAUACUUUAGUAUAAUUAUUGAUCUUUAGAGUGUUAUAAAAUGGAAACGGUAGGAUCAGAAGUCGGUUACAAAAUGCGGUCAGCUAUUAAAGCUAAAUUAAAUGAAUUAGGCUGUUAUGUGGAUGAUGAGCUUCCAGAUUAUGUUAUGGUUAUGGUUGCAAAUAAAAGAUCUCGUACACAAAUGGAAGAUGACUUACAAUUAUUUCUUGGAACAAAAACAGAAAUAUUUGUGCAUUGGUUACAUCAAGUGUUGCAAAAAUUGCAAGAGGUCAAAAUACCACCACCAGCACCUAAGGAAACAUUAUCCCAUCAGUCAUCUACAGAUUCAUCAGUUUCUAUAAAAAAAGAGAAAAAAGAUAAAAAACACAAAAAGACAAGAAAGGAAGAAAAAUCAAGGAAAACUAUUGAAAAACCGGCGGGACUAAAAACAGAACAAAAUGCAGGUUCAGAUAUAAAAAUUACAGAUGUUCUAGCCAAUCAAUUAUUAGAAACAGUAAAAAGCAAAGCCAACUUAUUGGAUGAAAAUACGAAAGUUGAAACAAAUCAAACAAAACCUGAUACAGUGGUUUCAAAGCCAUUAGAAAAGGAUACUCAUCCAGUUGAUGAUUUUGAUAUACCAACCAUAUCUGAGAUAGAAAAAGAAUCUUCUAAAAUUAGUGAACAGUUGUCGAAUGUAAAAGCAGUUGAUAAAAAUGUAGGAAAAACUAGACAGAAAAUUGAAUUUAUGAAAUCUGAUUCAGAUGAUGAUGUAUUACAUUUGAGUAAUGACAACGUAGAACUAGGUGAGGAAUCACCCAGAUCUACAAGAAAUAUGGAAACAAAAGUAACUGAAAUUAUAUCUACCACCCCACCUAAGAAAGAAGUAACACAAAGAUCAAUUCAAAGGAAUCCAAAAAUAGAUCCUUUAGCUCAGAAUAGAGUGAAAGAUAUUCUUUUAUCAAAUAUGAUUGACAAGUCAAAGCGGAAUAGAUCUUUACCAUCUGUUGUCGAAAAUAAACCAGAACGUUCUAAUAUUCGCAGCAGAUUAGGAGCACGUGUCAAUAAUGAAUCAAAUAAUCGAUUAAGCUCUAAAAUUGUAGCUAUCUCAUCCACUAUCUCAAAUGAAGAUGAUGUACCACCAGUUUCAUUAUCAAGUAUAGUUAAAGUAAAACCUAGACCUCAAUUACCUCCAGGAUUACAAGCAAAUCGAAAUCUUCUACUUAAAGCGAUGGCUGAUGCCCAAAAGUCUAUAGCACAAGUAGUAGCAAAGCCUGUAAGAAAACCCUUAGAGUUAUAUACUAAAAGAUUCAGGAUAGACGGACACAAGAAGAUAAACUAUGGGCCUAAGAGCGAUAUAAGAAUAACUGUUGGAAAUGACUGUCGGAAUUUGCCUGUUGAUGAAGACAGUAUGGAGUAUACGCCUGCACCUGUGCUGAAUGAUAGUAUUGAGAGCACUUCGAGUUUUCAAGAAUAUAUUCCAAGUCAGAUUAACAGCUAUGAUGCAGGCAAUGACGAUAUUGAGAUGGAAGAUGAAAUAAAUUUAUUUCCUACUGCUGAUGACAAGAAAAUGUUAAGUCCACAGUUUGUUGUUACUCUGGAAGGUUUGGACACAAGCAAAUUUCCUUCAAGGAAAAGAAAAAUGGUUUCAACCAGUACUCCAAUUAUUGCUAAGGAAUCUAAAUCUGAAAUAUCAGUAUCUAAAAUUCCUGAAAAACAUAAGCAUACCCUAUUGUUUAUAACAGAGAAGAUUUUGAAGAUGAUGAUAGUACAAAAAAUGAAAGAAAAAGGGGUAAAACUCGAGAAAACUAUUGAUUUAACUACAUUGAGUGAUACAUCACCUAUAUUGGACAAAACAAUAGAAGAUUCAGAUAAAGAAAUCAUGGAAAGAGUAAAUGACACUGUUAAAAUAAUUAUAAAUGAUAAAGCAAUUGGUGAACAAAGAAUGCAAUCUAAUUCUGGAGAGACUAAAGUGAAAUUGAAAGAAAUACAAUGUAAAUAUGACCACAUACCUGACGCAUUACCAGAGGUUGCAAAAAAGGAGAGAUGCAAAUAUUAUCCAUCAUGCAGACUUGGUAGUUCUUGUGAGUUUUUACAUCCACCGUCUGCAAGUUCAAAUUCUCUGACAUGCACAGUUCCUUGCAAAGCAUUCCCAAAUUGCAAAUUUGGCUCAUCUUGUUUAUAUCUUCAUCCGAGAUGCAAGUUUGGUGCCGAUUGCAUAAAGAAGCGAGAUUGUAUUUAUAAUCAUAGUGGAUCGAAUAGUAUUUACAAUUCUUCUAUUGAAAAUGGAGGUUCAGUACCAACAUUAAGCAGUACAGUAUCAGUUGUUUCAACUAAUUCAACCCUCAGUAGUAGUUAUAAAACCAGUGGUGUGAUUUGUCGAUUUCAUCCAAUGUGCAGCAACAUGAAAUGCACAUUUUAUCAUCCAAAAAUGUGCAGAUUCGGCAAAUACUGUAACAACAGAGCUGAAUGCAAUUUUUAUCACCAAGAAACCAUAAACAAAGAAAAGUUUGUUUGGAAACCUGCAGCAACUACUAUCUGA